GAUGGUGCAUGGGUUAUAAAUUGUAAUAUUCACCAUAAACUCAAGUAUCACACCGCUACCCCAACCUUCCAUCAAUGGAGAGACGAGCAGCGGCAGGUGUAUGGAUUGAACUUCUCAUCAGAGAAAGAAGCGCGAGAUUUUGUCUCGGCGGUUGGCCAAGCGAUUGACUAUCUCAACCAUCAGUUUAUUCAUGGAGGAGACUAUCAAGUUCCAAAUG